AUGCCGCCUGGAGCAUUAAAGGAUGAGGGCACACGAGUCCAAGUCAUAUCUGCUGGCGCCAUCGCAGGUCUCGUCUCUAGAUUCGUUAUUGCGCCGCUCGACGUCAUAAAGAUCCGUCUACAGCUCCAGCAUCGACAGUUUCAGCCCAUACGCUCCGCCGGCACGCCCGCCGUCUUCGCUCCCGCCGAAGCAACAUACCAGGGCACAUUUGCCACCCUUCGCCACAUCCUCCGCAAUGAGGGCAUCACCGCCUUCUGGAAGGGCAACGUGCCCGCCGAGCUCCUCUACGUCUGCUACGGCGCCUCGCAGUUCACCGCCUACCGCUCCGUCACGCUGCUGCUGCAGACCCAGCUCCCCGUGAAGCUCCCCGACGCCGCCGAGAGCUUCAUCGCCGGCGCCGGCGCCGGUGCCGCCGCCACGGCCGUGACGUACCCGCUCGACCUGCUGCGCACGCGCUUCGCCGCCCAGGGCACCGACAAGGUCUACCGCGGCCUCGCGGGUGCCGUCGCCGCCAUCUACAAGGACGAGGGCCCGCGCGGCUUCUUCCGCGGCGUCGCGCCCACGCUCGCUCAGAUCGUCCCGUACAUGGGCAUCUUCUUCGUCACGUACGAGGGGCUGAAGCCGCGCGCGGCCGACCUGCAGCUGCCCUGGGGCACGGGCGACGCCACGGCUGGCAUUGCGGGUAGUGUUAUUGCUAAGACGGCCGUGUUCCCCCUCGACCUCAUCCGCAAGCGCAUCCAGGUCCAGGGCCCGACGCGCACGCGCUACGUCUACGGCGACAUCCCCGAGUACAGGACGACGCUGGGUGCCCUGCGCACGAUUAUUAUGCGCGAGGGCUUCCGCGGCCUCUACAAGGGCCUGCCCAUCAGCCUCGUCAAGGCUGCGCCGGGCAGCGCCGUGACGGUUUGGACGUAUGAGCGAGCGUUGCAUUUCAUGAUUCAGCAGUCCGGGGACCGUCAGCAAGACGCACUUCUAUGA